AUGGAUACUGAGAAUAGCGAGCAUCGAAGUCAACUGAAUGGUAAAGACGGUUCAUAUUCACCAUCUUCAAUUCAUCUUUAUGACGAAGACGAUUCAGCUGAACUUGACGCAAUUAUAUCAGAAUUACGAGAUUUUAAAAUUCAAUUUGAAGAAUGUUCAAAUCAUCCAUCAUCAACUUCUAAUCAAUUAUUAGUUAAAAAAUCUCAUAAAAUGGAGCAAUCAACAAAUCAUCCAUCGGCAACAAUUACGUCUUCUUCUUCUUCAAUAUCAAACACAAAUGGUUGUGUUAAUGAACUUCGUACACUUGAAGAUCAACUUGAAGCUGCAUUAGCUAGUUUAACAUUAACAAUUAAUGAUUGUACAACGACAAAUGUAGAUUCACAACAACAGCGUUCAUCAGGCUCAAGUGCAUGUUCAAGUGGACUUGGCGAUGAAAUAACCAAUGAUUCAUCGAAUCUUUAUAAUAAUACAUUGAAUACAAAUAAUCAAACGACAACAACAACAACAACAACAACUGUAUCAUUUACAACAAAAGUUGGAACGACAAAUGCAGCGGAUGAUUGUGAUUCAGCAUUUAGUGAUAGUGGAUCAACGGAUAAAGUUACUGUACCCAAUCACGAUGAAUCUUCAACUUGCCAUUCAAUGGUCACAUUGACAAGUACAACCAAACAAACUACAUCAAUGAUCUUAGAUCAAGAUGAUUCAAUUUCAUCGAAUUCUCAACAUCCAUCUAAAUUACUUAUUCGUACAUAUAAUGAUGAUGGUUCAACGAAGAGUAUACUUAUUGAUGAUUCAAUGUCAAUACGAGAUGUUCUUUUUGUACUCGUUCAUAAAAAUCAUCGAGAACCCGAUAUUGAUUAUGCUCUUGUAGAAAUUUUACCUGAUCUUCAUAUGGAACGUAUUUUUGAAGAUCAUCAAAGACUAACCGAAGCUAUUCUCAUGUGGCCCACAACUUCGCCUAAUCGAUUAAUAUUUACUAAAAGAUUAGAAAAAUAUGCUCUUUUCCGAGCAACAUCUUCGUUUCUUGAAAAAGAUGGAGCAAUGAUUGUUUAUGAUGAAUUAUUAAAAACACCUGAUAUGGAUGGAAUUAUUUAUUUAAAAGAAAAAUCAAGAAAAUCAUGGAAAAAACAUUUUUGUGUACUUCGUUCAUCAGGUCUUUAUUUUGUACCUAAAGGCAAAAGCAAAAAAGAUCUUGUAUGUUUGGCUAAAUUUGAAAACGUGGAAUUAUUUUUUGGACUUGGUUGGAAAAAAAAAUUUAAAUCACCAAGUGAUUUUUGUUUUGCACUUAAGCAUCCAUUAAUUCAAAAGAAAAGCUCAAAAUAUAUAAAAUAUAUGUGUGUUGAUACAAAAAAUGAAUUUGAUCGAUGGAUUUCAAGUAUUCGUAUGGCUAAGUUUGGACAGCAAUUAAAAAUUAAUUAUCUUCUUAUGGAAAAGGCAAUGGAUAUAUAUCGAUCAUCGGGUCGAUUUGCUGCUGUAUGUGCCGCUCGUUCAGGAGUAUCGAAUGAACAACAAAGUAAUCGUCAUAAUAAUGACCUAUGUUCGUCACCUAUGCCAUGUUCAUCAAUACGUGAUCGGCAAGUUCUCAAUCGAACACCUAUCUUACCACAUCAUCAUCAUCAUCAUAACAAUAAUAAUAAUAAUAAUUCACAUAAUCAAUAUAGUAAUCUACAUUCAACUGCAUCACCUCAACCAAGUUCUUGUACUAGUUUACUGUCAACAAGUACAUUGACUGAUAAUGAGCAUAGUAAUGAACGUGAACAAGAUGAAAAUAGCGAUGAAAAUUCUCCGAUUAAAUCGGCUAGUUAUAUGGAUGAACUACGUCAAAGACUUGAACGUGUUCUAAAUGAUCCUCAAUCACCCAUCCCAUCAUCAUCGUCAUCUGCUCCAGUUCAAGCAGCUUCAAAUCCAAUUGAACGUCAUUCAUGCCUUCCUGUAUCAAAAUCUUUCCGUCUUCCUAUUCAACCUGUACCCAUACAAGUUCAAUCGUCAGCAGGCUAUCGACCAACAGCUAUAGCUCGUUUUCCAUUUAAAACAACGUCUACGUCGUCCUUACAAACGCAAACAACAAACCAUUUAAUAGCACCCUUAACAAAAGGAACAAUUCGUGGACCAACAUUAAUUACUCCGCCAAAACUAAAAUCAACCAUACCUACACAAUGUUUAAGUUCAACAGAAAAUUUACGUACAACAAAUACUAAUCAUUCAACACCGUCAUCAUCAACAACAGCGACAACAGUUGGUUCAACACCCUUACCAAGAAAACAAAUACCAUCAUUACAAAUAUCCGAUAGAAAUUCAUCUUAUCGAACAUCUAAUCAUACAAGUCCAUAUGGAUAUCAAUAUCAUUUUACUAAUGGAAAUUAUCAUCAUCAACAGCAACAACAACAACAACAAAUGAGUAAAAGUUUUAUUAUGCCAACUAAAAGAGACGAUCAUCGUAGUGCUAGUUCACUAUCUGUUGCAUCAAAGUCUGAUUCACUCAAUUUGGACGAUACAGAUUUUCCUCUUCCAUCUCCAUCGUUUCUAGAAGAUCUACCGCAAACAUCAAAUAAUAUAAAUAAAGUUCUAUCGAAUUCGACUAAAUCUAAACCGACUGUAAUUAGUAGUAUGAAUAUGAAUCGUUCGAAAUUACCAUCGUCAACAAAUUCAGCAUUAUUAAAAAAACCUGCAACAACACUACGUACAAAUGUUCGCCAACAAAAUUCAUUACCUGUUCGAAGUGGACUUGUCGCACCUUCUCUGAAACUUUCAACAUCAAAUUCACAAACACCUGUUAUAAAUAAAUCGCUAGCAUCAUCGACAUCGACAAAUUCCUUAUGUACUACCAAAGUCUCAGUAGUAACUCCUCAUAAAACUGUUCCACCCGUUCCACCACGUAAAUCAAGUAUUCCUCGGCCAUCAUUUAAUGGUGCUAGUCCAUCGGUUAAGCCUCAACCACCACAACGAGGUUCAUCAACAAAUUUAUUUCUUCAUAAACCGCAUGUCAGUCAUUUAUGA